ACAUCGUUCGAGUUUAAUCGUUUGGUAACACUGUUUUACUUGGAUGCGUAUUCACUCUUCUUUCUUCUAGCCUCUUUGCGAGCGAAGUCAAUCGUUUUUAUAAAAAAUGGAGGACGAUGGUGGAAACGUAGUUGAUCUUUAUAUUCCCAGAAAGUGCUCGUCUAGCAAUCGUAUUAUCCAUGCAAAGGAUCAUGCGUCUAUACAAUUGACUUUGGCAGAAGUAGAUCCAGAAACUGGACGUAUGACGGAUUCUACUAAAAUGUAUGCAAUAUGCGGGGCAAUCCGUCGUAUGGGUGAAUCAGAUGAUUGUUUAGUUCGCCUUGCAAAAGACGAUGGAAUAUUACCUAAAAACUUUUAACGUAUUAUAAUAUAAUUUCUUUUUAAUAAAAAUUAUAUUAAUAAAAC